AACUUAUGGAAAGCCCCAAUCUAAAAAUAGCCGAAUUUCCCGGGAAUGUUGAAAUAUAAUUAAUUAAUUAGGACGAAGCAUGACACGUUUACUUUAUUCUUAACAAGUGUUAUGAUUUUUACAGAGUUUUUGUGUCGGAAGCUUAUGAAAAGAAGAAAGUCAAGUUGACAACUGCAACUGCACUAGGAACGUGGGGAGCUGAGAAGCUUCAGAGAACUAAGAGGAUAUGGAUGAAUUAUAACAGUUUUCUAUAGGAGUAUUUGAACAUGAGAGCCAUAUAUAUAGUAACAAUCUGGCUAGCAUGUGCUGUAUCAUGCUCUGCUGUGUUUGGUUCCUUCACAACUAUGCCUGAAAAGGUGGAACAUGUGGAUUGCAUUGUGGAAAACUACAUCAAGUCAAUGAGGUGUUCUUGGAGUUACGGGGACAACUGUAAAGGAAGCCAGUUACCACAUGUAGAAUUUCAUUGGAGAAUUCCAGAAUACUCUAGCUCAUGGAACGUAUGUAGUGAUCUGAACGUUAAAGCAGGCUACUGUUACUGGAACAGCUCACGUCGUGGAGAUUUUACAAUGAAAUUAAUUGAUAUAAAGCUUACGCUUAAAGAGCCAUGUGGAGUGAAACUGUCCUCAAACUUCACCAUAGACACAAGAAAGAUAGUGAAGCCCAACCCAGUUAUUGGAUUAAAAUCUUCAGUUUUAAACAGCACAUGUGUCCAAGUGCAAUGGAGAACAAACAAUUCAGAGAUGCAGUACCCUAAAGAACACAAACUGACAGUUUCCAGUAAAUGGGAUGGCCCUGAGGUGUAUAAGUUCAACACAACAGAAGAUACCGAAAAAGAUACACAUGGUCGGACGUUGUGUAAUCUGCACCCGCAUACAGUUUACACGUUCACUGUAAGCAUACAGCCUACUGGAGAGCAAGCAGGUUUUUACAGCGACCCAAGAGAAACUGUGGCAACUACAUACUCUGAUAUACCAAGUGCCAGUCCAGGUGUAACAGAAGGGGGUUACAGCUGGACUCACAGGGACUGUGAAGGAUUAACUGACAAAAGAAAAGUUUGUGUGUUUUGGAAGCCAAUCAGAGAGGAAGAUAAAAAUGGUCAAAUGAAAGGACUAGAUGGUGUAUUCACAGCCGUCAAUCAGACUAGGACACCAGUCGAUGUGAACUGGGCGGAAGAUUUAACAUACGGUUGUAGUUCGGGCUUGCUGUGUAAUAUAAGCUACGUGUUCUCCAUCAAGGCCAGAAAUAGUAAUGGUACAUCAGAAGAUAACUCCACAUUGCUUAUAUCAGCUGCCACUAAAGGAAUAGUCCAGCCACAGUUUAUAGUUGAGGCUUCCAACAUCUCAGAUGUUUCUGUGAGUUGGACAGAAGCAGAAAAGGCCACCAGUUAUAUGGUAGCCUGGUGUAGAAACAAAAAUGGAGAAUGUGAGAAUAGAAACAUUGUUAAUUGGCAAAGAUUCUCUUCGGCUACGAGAAAAGCUGUUCUACAAAUUAAUCCAGAAAACUCACCACAAGACUUUCUGUAUGGUGUAAGUGUGUUGACAGAGCAAGGCAGCAGUGGUGUAGAAUGGCAAGAUUGUGUCUACCUUAAAAAUGCUUACCCAAAGAGGGAGCCUCAGAAUGUGGUUGUGUCAACAGGACCUGAUGAUAACACACUAGUUGUCACGUGGGAUAAACUGACAUGUAAAUCAGAUGAGCCAUAUAUAGCCAUGUACAAUGUGCAAUUUAACAAACUGCAUGGAGGAAACCAGCAAUCCCUAAAUGUAGCAGCAUCAGGUGAAGCAAGGGUUGUGUUGAAUAACUUGGAGGAGGAACAAACGUACGUUGUAACAGUGAGAGGCAUUACAAAAGACGGACAUUAUGGACCAAAGAGUCAACCGCAGAAAGGGGUACCAGAAGAUAACAGUUUAAAGCCAGGCGCAAUUGUGGGAAUUGCCAUCAGUGUGCUUUUAGCUGUUUUACUGGCUGGAGUUGGAUGUUUCUGUUUGAUAAGGAAGUGUAAAAAGAAAGCAGAGAAGACUGUAAAAGGUUUAGCAGAUAUUACUGUCCCGGAAGACCUAACCCUUGGAUUUGAUGAUGAAGCGGAAGAAGGAGAAAUUGACAGAUCAUCAACUCGACCUGUUGAACGUCAAAAUAGUAAUGACAGUGGUUUUGACCCGAUGACACCACCGGCUGGCAAGUUUAAUGAGCAGCCUAAGUUUGUUGAUGUAUCUCUGUUGAACAACCCACAAAUUCUGCCUAAUGGCUACUGUAUUGCAGCAUUAGAAAAAGGUCAGAACCCUGACACAGAUCCUGGCUCUCCUUCAGUUGAACUGGAUUGUUUACAUACUUCCUUAGAUAACUUGGGCUUUGUUCCAACAGAGCCAGUAGUAGCUCAAGUUGGUUUUGUGAUGAAUGGGUACAAUGGGACUGGUAGUGAAACGUUUGUGAAAAAAGUGAACAGAGAUACUGUUCUUAAUGAAACAGCUGUGAAAAUGAGGGUAAAGAAGGAAUCUGGGGAUUCUGGUGUGAGCGAUGCUUAUUCAAAAGCGGCAUUAGGUAUAUCAGAAGAAAAGAUGAUAAAUGAUAAUGGCCAAGAUGUUGAUGAAAAUAUUGCUAACAGUGAUGAUGAAAUACCUGAUUACGUGUCAGGUGAUAAAGUCAUUAACUCGAGUUUCAAAACAAGUAGUAUUAUUAUACCAACGCCUUCAGCAUUUUCUGAAUGUUCAUUUGAUAAUAGUUCCUUUUCUGAUUGGGAAAAUGAUAAUAGAAAUGGUGAUAUUGCAGAUACAAGUGUUGGGUCUUCACCUGACUAUGUUAAAGCACAGUCGCCACAUGACAAUGUAAAUGCUUUGUUUUCUCCUGACUAUAUUACAGCUCAAUCACCUACCAUCAGCACAAACAUAAAAGCAGAUAAUCAUCAAGUCAAUUUACCUGAACACGAGAUUCAAAAUAAAAGUAAUGAAGAUAAUGAAAGUAAGUCUGAUAAAGUCUUGGCAGAUGCUUCUUUCCAACAAUUAACCAAAAUUCCAUCCCCCAGAUGUAUGGAUGAGAGUGAUAAUUCCAGUAUUGAGGAAGAAACUGUUUCAUCACCUACACAUGCUGAUGCAUCAUCUGUAAAGCCUCAGUCUGGUACAAGUAGAAGCGACUACAUAAAAGUAACAAAUAACAGUACACCUAUGAUUCACAUUCCAUCCAACUCUUCGAAAUCUUUAUCACAGCCAGUAAACGAAAAUGGUCAGGCCUCAGGUUAUGUUACGACUACUGACAUGCCAAACAUGUCGGUAAAAUGUGCUCCUCAGCAGCAGGCAAACUCAGGUACUAGUUAUGUCACAUUGCCUAACACUGGAACACCAGUUUCAGAGAAGAUACAUGGAACCCCAGUCCAGAUGUCAUACGUUAAUCCACAUGAAAAACCAGACCAUGCACAUGUUUCUGUAUCAGAAAGUCAAACCAGCAAAGAGAACUCGGAUUUUUCUUUGGGUUAUGUAACUUCUGUAACAAGCCCGAAUAUUUCACACUUAACACAGUCCUCACUGAAUUCCUCCCCAGUAAGUUCGCACGCAACAUCUAAUCUUCCUUCUACUGAAUCUAACUAUUUUUCAGAAGAUCCAAAUAUUAAGAUUCCUACUCCUGCUUCUAAUCAAACUAAUAUAACAAUUCCUUCUGUUCACAAUUGUAUGUCUUCUAAUGUUGUUACUGAUAACCAUGCAGCUGGAGGAUAUACGUCUCAUUCUGCUGUUGCUCAGGUUACAGUUUCUGCUAGUUCUGCUCCUAUUUCGAUAACUUCUGGCGGAUAUUUGCCCCAUUUAAAUCCUGUUCAAGGUCAAAUGUCUCCUGGUGCUGCUGCUGCUCAAAGUGCAAUGUAUUCGCCUAAUGUUCAGAACCACUCGAUUGCUAUUAAAAGCCAAAUGUAUCAUAGCACAGUUGAAAACAACAUUUCUUCUUGUGAAGGUGGACGAGAUGUUGCGUAUCCAAGUGCUUCAAAAACCGUUGACUCUACAUCUAGUGCUAAUAGUGGUUACGUAUUGUCUGAAAAUAAUUCUAUGCCAAAAUCAACUGAUCAGACCUCGUCAGGAUAUGUAACAAAUACAAAUUCUCAUGCUACAUUUUCUUCUGUGGCAUCUGAUGGUAAUGAUGUCAACCCCCAGUAUAGGCUCACUACAGCACAGAAAACUGACAGUCAGCUUAAAGAGAGUUACACUGGUAGUGACUGUACGGACAGGUCACUAUCUUCUGAAACGGGGAUGGUUGCAUUCAUCAAUGAUCAAGUAAAAGAAAAUAUCCCAGAUAGCCAUACCAAUAAAUCAGAUGAAUCACAAAGAUCAAAUAAUAAUGUGCCGACCAGUGAAAUGCAAUUACCAAAUGGCUAUGUAGAUCAUCAAUUUAUACCUCGGGGGCCUUCGUGGCCGAGUGGUUAAGGUCGCUGACUUCAAAUACCAAAGACGUAAAAAAUUGUACUAGUAGCUUCCUCGCUUGGCGCUCAGCAUUAAGAGGAUAGUGCUAGGACAGGUUAGCCCGGUGUCAGUAUAAUGUGACUGGGUGGGGUAUCAUGCCACGUGUCUACGGCGUGAUAUUCCAGUGAGGCAGCACUAUGAAGUUGGGCAUUGUGCUCACUGCUACAAGUAGACACCAUCGUUUAAAUGACUAAAAAAUUGUUGAAAAAGACGUUAAACCCGAACACACACACACACACACACUCAAAUCACUUGCCCCUCAUCGAUGUGGGUUCGAGCCUUACUCGGGGCGUUGAAUUCUUCAUGUGAGGAAGCCAUCCAGCUGGCUUACGAAAGGUGAGUGGUUCUACCCAGGUGCCCGCUCGUGAUGAAAUAAUGCACUUUUGGGCACCUGGGAUCUUCCUCCACCAUUAAAGCUGGAAAGUCGCCAUAUGACCUAUCAUGUGUCGGUGCAACGUUAAAUCAAAAAAAAAAGUAUACCUCAGGGAAAUUUUUACAAAGAACAACCUUCUGUUGAAAUGAGAAAUAUUGAGAAACAGAAUAAUGGGAUGAUCAAGGCAGUAAGAGGGGAUCCGACUCCGGUUUAAGCAGCCUAGAAAAUGAGAGUCCAGAAACAAAUAGAAAGCUGAAAAACGUUCAAACUGGAUAUGUCUCAUGCGAGGUUGCAAAGUCAAUGCAAAAAUGAUGAUCUCCAUAUUAUGUUUUAAAAGCCUCAAUGGCCAAUUGUUAAAGCUCAAUGACUCCGUAUCACUUGCUCCUAACCAACGUACUUGUGAGGAAGCCAGACAUUUGGUAUACGAUAGGUCGAUGGUCUACAAAGGUGCCUACCAUGACUGAAAUAAUGCCAUGAGCAGGGACUUUAGGUAUUCCUCUACCAUCAAACACUGGAAGGGCUCCGUGUAACAUAAGAUUGUGUCGAUGCAACUUCAAAUCCAAAAACACUAACAGUACGCCUUGGGUCAUUUCAAAUAAAAUAUUUCAUAAUUUUAUAACUGUCUUCUUACAGUCAUGUAGAAUGUUACAUUCUAUUUCACACUUAUCUACAUGAACAAUGAUCUUGUACCUUGCAAGUAGACAGAUAUGUACAUGCAUUAUACACAAAUACAGCAAAACUUUGAUAUUCACGAUUCAUUCCGAUAUCUAACCAGGUGAAAGCUAUAAGCUGAAAUGUAGCGAAACAGAAGCAAAUAGUAGUUGAUUUGCUCUUUGUUUUUGAUGUGUUUUUUUUCUUUUAAAUAUCUAGUUAUUCAUUGAAGUUAAAUCUUUGUCGUCUAAUAACAUUUAUACCACUAAAACACUACUCACAUUUUGUCGCCAUUGUUAGCAAACAAAAACUGUUGUUAAAAGGCUAUGGUCAAUUUACAAUAGUAUUUUGAUAAAUGCACACAUUGAUAUCUGUAUUCAAAAGUUUAUCAAAGCAGGUUUUGGAUUAAAAAAUCGCAUUAAAUGACAGGAAUUUAUUUUUCGACUUAGUAAAGAAAAACAUGCUGCUGUGGUAAGUUCUGACCGAUUAAUGUCUUCUUCCAUCUUCGCAAAACUAGGCCGCUAACUUGAUAGUAUUUGCCCCAUACCGCUGUCAGUUCGAAACCUUGCGCGGUGCAUGUUAGAAAGCUAUCUGUCCGGUUUGCGGAAUGUCAGUGGUUCGAGGCAGGUGCCUGCCUAUACCUGCAAUAUAAUACAGGGUGAAAAUAUGUGGUCUACAUUCACCAUGAAAAGCUUAAAGUACCUUUAAGACCUAAAAUCAUGCCAUUGUGACUUAAAACCCAUCCAAACAAAACUCAAAUAAGUAUUUUUUUUAUGAAAGGGAAUGCUGAUGUUCCUAUAAAUAUUAUUUUGUCUUCUAACAUAUGAGUAACAUGUAAAUUUAUUUACAUGUUAAUACAUGUUUAGGGUAAUUUGGACAAAUGCUCAUUUUCAAUUUGAUUGAUAAAUUCACUUUUGCAUAAAAUAGCUUUUGUUUGUAUGUAAAGAAAAAGUGCUAUUUUUCAUCAACAUCUUGUGCCUUGUUCGUUUCUAUGUACAUUUGUGUACAUGUAUUUGUAUAUAUGGACAAUAUAUAUGUAAAUAAUAUUGUAACAUCAGACAUUUUGUGUUGAUACAAUUAUUCACAUGUGAUAUACUGCAUGUAUUAUGCUUUUAUAUGUUAUGACAUGACACAUGCAGAUUGAUGUGUUACUGAAAAAAGGUUUGUUUAGUUUAAAUUAAACACCAAUACUUUACUGAACUGCAUGCAUAGCAAAGGGUGCUUUUCUGUUUCCAGCAUUGCUAAGGGAUCACUGAACGUUGGUAUUAAAUUCACAUUUUUGAUAUACUUUUUUCAUAAUACUAAUGAUUCUUCAAAUCUAGAUAAAAGAAAAAAAUACACUGUCCUCUUUAAACUUAGUGUUUGAGUUUAGACACCAAGUGUAUCACGAAUAAUGACACAAGGUUCGUGUACCUUUGAUUCGAUAGGCAGUGAAAUUCACUUGUAUGUACAAAUAGUUUUCAGUUUGAUGUUAAUAUUAUGCACAAGAAUUAUAUAUGAAAUGACAUUUUGUUGAUUCUCUUUCAUUUGAACAUUGUAUUUAAUGAAUGUAUACCAAAUGUGAAUUCAGUUGCAGCUGCGUUUACGGUCUCUUGUAUUAAGCAGCAAAUUGCCUAAAAGAUACUGACUGAAUAGAGAGCAGUGCAGAUCCUGAUUAGGUUGCAUGAAUGUGCAAGAUGAUCAUGAUCAACACUGGUCGAAAGGGCAGAAUCAGUAUCAAGCAUGGCAAGGGUUAAGCUGUCAUAUUUUGUCACUUUUUGGUUGGCAGCUUAAUCCGGGUUUGACUGAAAUAAUAUGAAUUCUUCAGAUCUUAUAUGUGCCAUACUUUUCAGUAAGCAAUAGUUUUUUUGCAUUUAUUUAUUUAUUCGUGGUGCUUUUAUUCAAUACAUUUUUUAUAACAUGAAGAGGGAGGGUGUUGAGAUAUGUUGUUUUGUGACUUUUUAGGGAAUGAGAUGUUAAGCCUUGUUAAGAAAAACGUCUUUAUAUACUAACAGACAGAUUUAAAGGCCAGUUUUUUGUCAAAAUUAAUUGCUGAUGAUUGUAAACAUAUAUUUGAAGCCGUGCAAAACUAGUAAUAUGAAUAGUUGAAUGCCAGAACUUUAAAGGUCAUGCGUUGGUUAUUAUAGCAUUUGGCACGAUCUUCCAGAAUUUUCAAGCAUGACAGAAGACGAAACGUCUGUAAUUAUUCGUCAGCAUACUAAAGAUUAAUGUAGGCAUUUUAGGGGUUUUUUUGUUGAAACUGUCAUUUUGAGCACUAUUCUCACUAUUCUAGGCAUACCAGUUAAGUUAUCUUGAAAUGGCAUUCAGCAAGCGUACACUAACGCGCUACUAAUGUUUCAUUAUUCUUGCUUUAAUGGAAUGGUUUUGUGUCAUGAAAUCUUUAGGUGUGAUUGGCUCAUAAAUCUAUGUUAUCUAUCACAAACGGUGUAAAUGGAUAUAAAGAUCCCUGUUGUAAUACAUUUGGAAGGUUAAAAAAUUGGAUUCAACUAAAUUGUAAAGAAAUCGUUAAUUGUACGGCACACGUAUAAAUUAUUUUAGACAGAGGAUGGUUAAACUAAAAACAUUCUGGAAAUUUCUGUUUACAACAUAGGCAGAAUUUAAGAUCGAAUACUUUUGGCCUUCAGAUGAAGCUGGCAGUAGUACUUUCAGCUCGUUUUCGUGAAUGCUUUGUACAAAACAUUUUUACUUUAAGAAAGAAAAAAUUGACUUAAAGAGAGAAAGAAGGAGGUACAAUUCUGGUCAAAAGAACAUUGCUUAUUAAAUAAUUGGUAAGUCUGUGAUAAGUGAUGGUUGGGCAACAGAGUAGCAGAAUAUUUUAUCUGAGUCUGAAUUUUCGUCAAGGAAACCAUACCUAGGUAAAUGUAUUUGCAGCUUUGAGUCAGUAUUGUGUAUUAAAAUCAGUGUACAUUUAUUUCCCUUUUGUGAUAUGUUUUAGCAUUUGUUACUGCUGAUUGUUUUAUAUGGCAAAAAUCAAAGUGCUGUUGUUGUUUUUAGUUGUAGUUUUACCAUUCAAUUGAUUGUCGUUCUUUAUAUGAAAUACUAUGCAAUUUAUACAGAAUGUUUGUUGUUGUGCCAUGUUGAAUUAAAGCUAAAAAUGAUGGAGAUUUUAUCACCUUUUAGAGUAUAUGUUAACAUUAUCUUUGCCAAAAGCAUUUGAGCGUGGUGUAAGAAUACCUUUAAGUGUUCUGUUAUAUAUACUUCAUAACUCUUUUUUUUUGAUGCGUUGACUUUUGUUAGUUUUGUACGUUGUUACAGUUCUUAAAAUGAAAUGCAAACAAUUUGUUGUCUGUUGAGUUUUAAUUUUGCCAUGUGCAUUUUGUAAAAUUUACAAUUGUAUAGAGCAGACUGUACGAAAGUUUAUUUUUGUAACUAAGUUAAUACAGUAUGAGAGUGGUUUAUAAGUCUCUUAAAAGAAUUAAAACAAACACUAAUUUUUGUUUGUUAACAUUUAUGGAGGAGCAUCAUGUGUUUAAGUGUAAGGUUAACUAUUUUUCGAUAAGUAAAUUUUAGAUGCAAUAUUUCAUGAUUGUCUUAUAUUUUACUGUUAAAGGUAUUCGUAUUUGAUAUGUAAAAAUAGACACAUUGUAUUGUUGUUUCAUACUUUGUCAAUGGUGUAGGGUUUACAUGGCCGAGUGGUUAAGGUCACAGACUUCACUGGGAGCGUUUAAUUCUUCACGUGAGGAAGCCAUCCAGCUGGUUUACGGAAGGUCGUCAGUUCUACCUAGGUUCCCGCCCGUGAUGACAUAAUACACAUAGGGGCACUUCCAUCAAAGCUGGAAAGUCGUCAUAUGUCUUACGAAUGUGUCGGUGCGGCAUUCAACGCAAACAAAAUAAACAAAUUGUCAACGUUAUUAACAAAACUGCACAAUGUCAAGCGUAACGUGGAACUUUAGGUUCAAGGUCAGCACAUUUCCAUAUGAUAUAUUUCUUUUACCUCCUAAUAUGUGUUCAAAUUUAAUUUACCAUUACGUACAUGUCUGCAACUUUCAUUCACCAAACAAUAAACAUUUUAUGUAUAACUUUAUAAAAGUCACAUUUCAUUUGCUUGUAGUUCAUUUUUCAAUAGUCAUACCUGUCAAGAAAAUUGAAGAAAAAAUAUUGUAAACACAUGGCUGACGUCUUGUGUGAAAUAAAGCCACUACAUCAUUUUUGUAUUACAUUUAAUUUAGUGUAAUAACAAAUUGAGCUGAUAUCGUUUUAAGUUUAGUACACGGUGGUUGAAUUGUUAUUACUGUUAAGAAGAAAACGUUCUGCUGUUUCAGCAGGAUUAGCUAGCUUGUGAUGUUUGUGUCUAUCCACAUUGAAUUUAUCAAAGUCAUCGAAUAAAAUUGAUAAGUGCUCGGCAGAUGUUAUAAUGAACAAGAGCUCGUAGAACACGAAAUGCCCCCCUUGAUGCAUUCAGUAAUUGCACAAAGAACAGAAAUUAUUUGGUCACUGUACACAAAAGUUCUAUUCUAGGUCAAUGUGACCUUGACCUUUGACCUACUGACCUUAAAAUCAAUAGGGGUCAUCUGCUGGUCAUUAUCAACCUCCCUAUUAAGGUUCUUGAUCCUAGGCCCAAGCAUUCUCAAGUUAUUGUCCAGAAACGGUUUAACUGUUCUGGGUCACUUUGACCUUGACCUUUGACCUAUUGACCUCAAAAUCAAUAGGGGUCAUCUGCUGGUCAUGACCAACCUCCCUAUCAACUUUCAUGAUCCUAGGCGCAAGCAUUCUUGAGUUAUCAUCCGGAAAACGUUUAACUGUUUCUGGUCACUGUGACCUUGACCUUUGACCUAAUGGCCUCAGAAUCAAUAGGGGUCACCUGCUGGUCAUGAUCAAUCUCCCUAUGAAUUUUCAUAACCCUAGGCAAGCGUUCUUGAGUUAUCAUCCGGAAACCGUUUAACUGUUCCAGGUCACUGUGACCUUGACCUUUGAACGACUGUCCUCAAAAUCAACAGGGGUCAUCUGCUGGUCAUGACCAGCCUUAGUAUCAACUUUCAUGAUCCUAAGCUCAAGCGUUCUUGAGUUAUCAUCCGGAAACCAAUUGGUCUACAUACCGACAGACCGACAUCUGCAAAACAAUAUACCCCUCCGUCUUCGAAGGGGGGCAUAAAAAUGAAAAGACACUGGUGAAAUAACAUCAAUAUUAUAUAAUUGUUGUUCAAACAUCUAUGAUUUUCAAAACCUUCUAUUAUUCAUAACUGAAGUAUAUAACUUUUAACAAGACAGUUUGUAAUAUUUGUGCAUUCAUAUGAUAAUUUUGGUGUAAAUAAUUUCAGUAAUAUGGGUUCAGAAUCUGGAAUUAUUUUGCGUAAGUAAAAUAGCUUCAAGACUGUUUUUUAUCAUUUGUUGCAUUCUAACAUUUAUUGAUUAUAGUUGAAGCAGAGCAUUUAUACUAUGGGAAUUCGUUAAAGUUAUUUAUUGGAUCAUUUUUUUCAUAUAAAAUGCAGAAAAGUCAAGCAUUACAAAAUGGCAAAAUAUUUUAUAAACAAUACAUUCCAUGCCAGAAAAUGUUUUGAAAUUGAAUUUAUACUGUUAAAACGGUUGACUGUCUUAUAAUUAUGUUAUUGUUGUGAUUUAAAUUGCCGUCUUUACUGAGAGUUUAGCAGUAUACUAUUAGUAGUUGGUUUAAUGUUUUAUGUUUAUGUCGUCAUAUCAGUCUGAUGUGAUGAAAUUGUUGCUAGUGUUUUAGAUAAAUAAACCGCACCAUGAGAAAACCGACAUAGUGCAUUUGCGACCAGCAUGGAUCCAGACCGCACUGC